GCUUGUGAUUAUUUCAAUAAGAGGCGAAACUUCACGUAGUCGAUUAUUUAUUUCGAAUAUUUUGACAUAUUGUUUAUUGAUGUAUUGGAUUAUCGUUAAGUAGAUAUUUUAAAAUUAUAUCACUAUAUUUAAUACUGAAAUUAAUUAAGUUUUUACAGUAUGGGUCGCAAGUGUAUAGUUUCUACUUGUACAAAUACUCGCAAACAUGCACUUUUACAUCGUUUUCCACUUUAUGCAAAUGUUAGAGAAGAAUGGCUUCGAAGAAUUGGUAACCCAGAAUUGUUGGCAAUGAGCCAUGGACAAAUUGAUGCUAAGCGACUCUGCACUGAACAUUUUAGUGAAACUUGCAGAUUUCCUGGGAGUUGGAGGAAGUCAAAUCUAAAACUAGGAUCUUUGCCAACAAUUAAUAUGCCAGGUUUCAGUGGUGAUCCUUUGGCAAAAGAAAAUUGCUUGAUGGAAGUAACACAUCUCACAUAUAAAUUAAAAAAAACCAAAGAAUGCUUGGUAAAUCAAGAGCCAUCACAACACACAGAAAAUAUACCCGCACCUGCACCUAUUUUGCUAGCAGAAUCUACAGCUGCAACAAAAAUAGCAAAAUCUACUAUGGAGAUGUCAGUGCCUGUCAAAUUAACAGCUCCUUCUACUACGUCUAUCAUUAAGAGCAAAAUUCAAUAUCGCUGCGCCAAAUGCAAAAUCACAUUUAUAUUUAAAUCAGAGAUUUUAAAGCAUGUACAGCAAGAACAUAUCAACACAAUUAAUAAAACCAAAAAUAAACUAAAGUAUGGCUGCCGAUUAUGUAGCAAAAAAUUUGCAUAUAAAGAAUCAGUUAGGUAUCACAUAUUAUCAGAACAUAAAGAAAAUUUGCAGCCACUGUUUAAAACCAAUCGAGACGCUAAUGAUUCGAUUUUUGAAGAGCAAUCUAAAUGUAAACAAAACAUUGUUGAUAACACUUGUUUAUCGACUUUGUUUGAACCUUCAGAAGUGAGAAUUUCACCUUCGAGUUCUUCAUCGAAAGCUCAUAACAUAAAUAUAAAAAAAGUAACAAUAGGAGAACUGCCAAAUAUAGAAACAUUGAAUCCAAAUAUUUCAGGCAUACUUUUGAACCAACAAAAUGCACUUGUUUCAGACCUUACACAAUUAACAGAUGCUCUGCAAAAUUAUCAACUCAGUUCUGAUAUAAUAAAAAUUGUUUCCCAUAAAUUGAAACCUAUUCUUGCGCUUGUUAAAAUGGGCAUUGAGAAUAAAUAAGUGUUUCAUUAUAAUAGUUUUAUUGAUCAAAAAAUAUUUAUAAAAUUAGUGGCUAUUCAAAUAUUUUAUAUAUUGUUGCCAUCAUAAAUUAUACUAUGCUAUGCCAUUAAAAAUAAACAA